UCUAUUUUGCCAAGAAGCAAGUGCGCAGGGAGCCGAAUGGCCAGCGACCGGAGGAAGGUAGAGGGCGAAUCUGCAUUCUCUGUCUGGGAUGUUCCUGCCCAGGACUUAGUGCACGGAAUUUCCAGGCUCAAUCCCCUUUCUGUGCCUGCAUCCUCCCUCCCCACCCUCCUCCAAAAGUCUGCCCCUUGCUGCCGCCUCUGUCUGUCUCGAAGCUAAUCCGUUCGCUGGUUGAACGUCCCUGAGCUGUGUGGAGCCGGGGAGCAGCAUCUGAGCUUGGGGAGGCACCGGCGCCACUGGGCUGCAGUGAAUGUUGAUCCGCAUUGAAGGAGGUUCGAAAGGCAGGCGAGGAACGGGGAGCGGUGCAAGCCCCAGGCGGUGGAACCGGUCACCGAGAUCACCGGGAGCCAGAAGGUUUGCUCUUCUCACCAGAAAGUAAAACUUUUCCUGUUUGGCCCAGUAUGUGAGCAGUGCAAAUUGUUAAAUGCCGGGGAUGGUUAAAAACCGAGCAGUGGGUUUUGUUGCUAAAUGCAGGGAUCUGGCACGGUGCCAACUUCCACUUGCUCUCUGCACUCUUGUUCAAUUAUUGAUGGCUUCAAAUGCAACAACCUGGUGCCAGAAAUGUCUCUUUUCAGCCAAGCUGUUUCCCUUGUGUGGUGUGAUUCCUGGUCUACUCUGUUACACUCAGUGACCAGUUCCUAAAGCCUGACAAUGUGGUUAAGCUGCCUCUUGGAGUCUCACCUUACUAAAGGAUACCAUUGCGGAGUUUCCCACCUCUCUGUUUUACUUCUCAUGACUGUGUGUGCCAACUGUCCCCUGAGCGUGUCCUCUCUGAACUGCCACUCUGACUGCAUCUGUGCGAGUAAUAUUGUUAGCUGUUCCAAAAAGGAGCUUGUCAAUAUCCCUAAGUCCCUGCCAGAAUAUACAGCAGUCCUGGACCUCAGCUACAACAGCCUCACUCGCUUGCGAGCCGAGUGGACAACAGUUCAUCUGUUCAGACUCCACACUCUGCUCCUCAGCCACAAUGGUCUGUUCUUCACAUCUGAAGAAGCCUUCAGGGAGGUGCCUCAUUUGAAAUACCUUGACCUGUCUUCCAACAAGCUCAAAGCUUUGGAAGAGUUACACUUCCAUGGGCUGGAAGAGUUAGAGGUACUGCUGUUGUACAACAACCAGAUCUCUCAGAUUGACAGGACUGCUUUUGAAGGCUUGGACAGUCUGAAGAAGCUGUACCUGAGCCAGAAUCUGAUCACACGCUUCCCUCAGGAGUUGGUGAAGGAAAAUACCAGGCUGCCAGCACUGGAGCUUUUGGAUGUGUCCAGUAACAGGAUAAAGUCUCUGCCUGUUCAAGAACUCAACAGUUUACCUGCAUACCUCAAAAACGGGCUGUACAUACACAACAAUCCCCUGAGCUGCCAUUGUAACCUUUAUCUCAUGGUCACCCAGUGGUAUGCUCGGCAGUUCAGUUCUGCUGUGGACUUCAGAAAUGAGUUCAAGUGUGUCCUUCCCUUUAACCACAAGAUGUCCAUCAAGCUCUUUGAGCUGCAAGAAGACUACAUGAACUGCAGCACCAUCAUUGACUCAGAGGUGGAGGCCUUCCUUGAGGGGACCUUGACUUUUCACUGUGACACCAGACUGAGGAACAUGACCAAAGUGUGGGUGACCCCAGACAAUGAGACGAUCCAGACUGGCCACAACAACCGAAGUUUGAAGGUGUUUCCCAAUGGCAGCCUGUGGCUUGGUAAUUUGAGGUUGGAAGAUUCUGGAACGUAUACUUGCCUGGCCACCAGCAGUCAGUUUAAUGAAACCAUCCAUGUCCAACUGAAAGUGCACAAUUCCACAGUGAGCGCUGCACAUGAGACGCUGAACACUGCCUACACCACACUAGUUGGCUGUGUUGCCAGCGUGAUCUUGGUUCUUAUUUACUUGUACCUCACGCCGUGUCACUGUCGGUGCAGGAGCAAAGCCGAGAAGCAAAGGAGUCAGCAAGAGGAGAGCAUUCACUCAUCCAUGCUGAGUGCCGCCUCCACCCACGACAUUUCUGGGGACAAAGCCGCUAUGGAUCGACGAGUGGCCUUCAUAGAACCAUCCAAGGACAUGCAAGGGCAAAAUGGGAAACUCAAACCCAAUGCUGUGGAGGAAUUCGAGGACAAGAGACUCUUGACAGUGCCCAGAAAGAAAUCUGACUGCGGUUCUGUAGGCUCCGUGUCCUCAGACUCUCCCAUUGUCGUUUAACAAACUUUCACCAUGUAUGUAUUGUGCACAGGCUACAGGCAGGAUACAGGGUGACAGCUGCCAAUGCUUACUAUCCAAGCCUGGGAAUAAUUAACAGCCUGUGAGCUGACACACUCAAUAGGGCCAAAGCUAGACAUAAAUCAGGCACAAGGUGGGUAAGCAAACUGCACGGGUCAGGGUGAGAUCUUAAUUGUCCACAAUAUUACAUAAUAUGCAUUUAUUUUCUUAAAUUACUUCAUACUCCCAGCUGACUAACUGCGUAGGCUUUGCAAUUUCCCAAAUGAAACCUACUUGCCGCAUCAGCGACUCAGCCUGAAUGAACUGACUACAAACACCGGCACUCACCGGUCAGAAAUUGCUUCAGUGUGACACCUGCAAAUUUGAGACGCUGCUUGCAAAAUCCAAACCCUCUGAAAGGCUGUACCAGCAUGGGGUGAGGUGGAAAGAAGUCUCAAUUUCUGCUGGUGAAUUGGGGGAUGACUUUUUACCAGCAGAGAUUUCCAGUAAACAACCAGGUCUUGGGAGAUACUGUAAAGUAAUGGCCGGUGACAUCAUUCAAAAUCGAGCUGCUGAUCUUGCCUCUGGUGAUUCCAAAAGUCCGAGUGUCUGGGAAAUAUCAGCCUGUGUUUUCACUCCCUCCCUGUGUUGUUUGGCCAGUGACCACUGCAUAAGCAGCUGUUAUAAACCUCAGGAGGAUAGGCCCAAAGCCUCACAUGGUUUGGCCACUGAUCUCUAUUAGUUCACUCUGUGUGAACAGGUCUCUCCCACAGAUGCAGCGAGAUGAAAUGAAUGAGGAAGAAAAGGGAUUUCAUAGGGACACAAUUCAAAAGCAACAUCCAGGUCAUACUGGGAAAGGAAGGGAGCAAUUCAUAUAUAUCUGGUAAUGUUCAGCUGCACCUGUACAUUGUAUUGCUUGUGUUGUCUGACUUUACAUAUAUGCAGUUCAUUUCAGGUUGUGGUUUGUAAUACGGGAUUCAGCAUGCCCAGGGUUAGAAUGCAACUCAUCAGACUCCCUGCUGCCUGUCUGAGAAUUGGAUGCGAUCGUGACAAGUUUGCUGUACUCACUCAUAGCUUAAAGAAAUAAGGGAAGUUACUAGACUGCGACCUUAGCCAAUCCUGGAACGACAGCCCAGCAAGAGUUAACAGCCUUGGGUUAAGAGUAGACAAAAUAGAACAGUGGAAAUGAAUGAAAAACCUAUUGGAGCAAGUUACUGAGUGAGACUGACAUCUUCUAAAGAAAAGGAACUUGCAUUUAGAUAGCACCUUUUUCAACCUUAGGAUGGCCAAAGAUGUUUCACAGCUAAUUAAGUAUUUUUUUGGAUAUGUGCUUGUUGUUAUAAUGUGGGAAACACAAUUCUCUAGUCUUUAUUGUUGUUUAACGUCAAAUAUCCCUUGUCGCUGCAUUGUUGUGUGUUAACUUGUAUUAGUGUUACUAUAACUGUCCACUCUAAGCACUGCAGUACAUGAAUCAUUGAAGACUCGCUGCAGCAGGCAGUGAAGCGGAAUGUUGAGUGUCUCUCCCAACUUAGCCCAAUGUACUGAUCAGCUCAAUGCUUCAUCCAGUUUCCAAGGGAGAGGUGGACAAAGAAUCUUCCUGAAUGAGAAUUGCAUUAACUAAAAUUUCCAAUGAAUAAGUUAAAUCCAGAUUAUAAUGAACCUUUAUAAGAUUAAUAAAUAUAUGCAGGAAAAAUCUAAUUAGUCACAACUUGAAAUGGACACAGCAUGUAGGUUUAUACCUGGCUAUACUGCAUGUAGCUGCUGGUAGAUGCAAAUAUUUACUUAAAAGAUAUAAUGAUUUAUGUCUUCACAGCAUCUGUAAUUAUAGGUAGUCUGUGUCAGAGCAACAACAGGUCUGAGGAAUUUAGGCAAUCAAACAUAGAGAACAUUGCUCAUCAUCUGUAGCUAGUUUUUUGAUUCUUUUCCAUUUCCUUGGCUAUUUUUCAUCGUGGCUGUGGUUUGAGGCAGGGAGAUAUUGUUUGUUGAUGUUAGAGAAACAGGUGCUGGCAGCACUAUCCAUUGAUCCCUGGGACAUUUUGGGUAUGGUGAUCAGAGAGGAGGGGUGAGGGUGGUGAUGGGAAGGGUGGUUAUUGUGUAGAAGGUCCCUGACACUUGGCAUGUGUGGCGGAUACACUUUUAUCCAGAUUUAUCAGAAUAAUUCUUGCAUUCAAACGGUUAAACUCCAAGGAAUCGUUAUCCAUUGGUUGUCAUUUCCCUAGAAGUGAGAAGGUUAAGGGGGUCAUUAGACCAAAGCUUUUUAAGCUGUUUUGGAGAACGGUUUGGAUCAAUAGAUGGGGAAUAUUUCCAUAGAUUGAGGAGGCUAGACUAGAGAGCAACAUCUAAAACAUUGUACCAGAGCUUUUUGGAGUGAAAGCAGGAAGCACUUCAACUAAAAGGUGGUGGAAAUUUAGAAACUCGAAAGAUAUUCGUUACUGAAAUGAUUGUUCAUUUCAAAUCUGAGGUCAAUAGAUUUUUGUUUGCCAAAGAUGAGAGCAAAGGAAGGUAGGCACAAUUAGUUUGCAGAUCAAUCAUUGAAUGGAAGAACAGGCUUGAGGGGCUGAACGGUCUACCACUAUCUCUUCAAUCCCAUCUUGAACUAGCCUAUGUGAUAUAGAAGCAAACUGCAUACCUAAGCUCCUUUAAUUGGUGUUGCUUAGUCCAUUUGAGAGACAUAGCAGUCAAUGUGAGUUAGUAGUCAAGUGUUGCAGUUACUGAGAGGGAUUGAUUUGAUGCAGUGAGCAAAGAGUUAAAGCAUAGAUCUCAGGAGUACUGAGGAGAUGUCAGAGAUCUGGUGUUCAUAUUCAAUAAGAAAAAUAGGAAUGUUGUUUAAUGAUUUUGCAAACCAAACAAAUACAGAAUGUGGGGUGGGUCACAUAAUAACUGAAAAAUGGAAGGAAAGAUACUGCAGUAAUAUGGGAAACAUGGCAGUUAUCAAGCUCCUACAAACAACACACAGGUAAAUGAAUAGAUAAUUAAUAUUGGAUGCAGAAUAAACAUUGCCCCAAAACAUUGGGGAGAGUUCCCUUGUUUCCUAUUUGAAAUAGCACAAUGGAUUGUUUGCAUCUACCGGGAGAAUAAACUUUAGACUAAUGUUGCAACUGAAAGCUGGUAUUUCUGCCAUUGCAGCUUUCCGCUGUCGCACUGGCAGUGCCACACUGGUUUACUGGCUGCAGCUGAAGUACUGUAAGCAUCCGCAGAGGAUCACAAGUUUUCUUCAGCCUCUCAUUGCCUGCAGCAUAUCAACAGCCUCUGGAAAAUCCCAAAUGGGACCACCCAAGAACUUUAAACCUGACCCAUAUCAGGAGCCAGUUUUCCUGGUCCUUGCACAAGGAUCGGUGGAGUUGUGCUCAUGUGUGAGCGCACAGUAUAGAAUUGUGCACCUUCCCGAACCAGUACAUGAUGUAAGAUUGGGAUCUGGGAUCUGUCAGCCCUUGGGUCACUCCAAGCUGAGUCAAGAGUCAAACCCAUCACUGUGGCUGCUUGUAAAUUCCAAGAUGUUUAAAGGAUUUAUGUGAAAAAUUGUUCUGUCCUUAGUGUUGUUGAAUGUAUCAGGCCAAAAACCAUUGUUUAUCUUGCUGGUUUUUGUCUAAUGUCUUGUAAGCAGCCUAAAGGGAACUGCAACUGUGAUCUGUGUUCCACUUAAUGUCAUCCCGAAGUACGUGGCAUUGUGAUGUUAGUGAGAAUUAUCUUGUUCAGUGAGUAUAAACUCACCUUUUACUGCGUGCACUGAAUCCUAUACCACAAUUCUCCCUCUAGCUCUCAGCGUGCCCUCCUGCAUCAAGUUACAUCAGUCACUUUCUUUUCCUUUUUCUCUGGCAAAGCUUAACAGUCCCAUAGGUACCAGAUGCCCCCUGGUGGCAGUGGCCUAAUUGGCUACAGAGGGCAUUACAGACAAAUACGUUAACUUGAUUGCUGAACACCCAUCAGGAGAGUCAAGGUUUAAUGAGCAGGAGAUUUUGCUCAACAUUAUUUCUCCUAUUUGGGCUGAGGGGCACUGAAUCUGAUCACAGAUUUUCCCUAGUGUAACAUCAACACUGUUUUCAAAGGUUUUUAUUUUUGAAAUGGCAAUAUUUUUAAUCGGUAAGUUGAAGUGUUGUUACAUUGCAAAUUCUGGGCUGAUGAACAAUUGCACCUGCAGAUCUGUGUGCAGAGCUGAAUUAAAGGCACAUGGAAUGGAAAGAAAAGGUUUCAUUUGAGUUCUCUUGAGCUGAACGUCCUCCACCCUCCACCCACAGAGAGAAACAUGUACACAGUCUCAAAUGCGCACACACAGAAACAUAUUUGCAGUCUCGGACCCAUACACACAUAGACAAACAAACACAUACACAUUCUCAGAUAUAUAUACACCCACACAGGAACAUGAAAACUCAAAGAAUCGAUAUGUACUCAGAACCAUACA